UGUGGUUACUGAAAAGAAGACUAGCGUAAGAAAUGCAGGUCUGAUUGAUUAUUUCAUAUAGACACAAUACAGUCAUAAAGAUAAGCAUGCAUGUUGGUCGAGAGUAUCACAUAUUAAACAAAACAAUAUAGCAACGUGUGACGAUGAACGAUAUCAAGCAGUAUUUCCCUUGCUCCUUUGCUGUUUCGCUACCAUAUUUAUGUGCGCGUUAAUGAGAUUGUAGUAAUAUAGAUUUAGUGGUAGUAUUAUUAGCAAAAUUUAGAAUAACAAUCUACCGGCUGCCAGAGAACUACCAGGAAAUAAUCACAAAUCACCCGAGGAGCGUCCGAAAAUCUUUAUAUUAUUGUACAUUGUGGUUUUGCCAAUACUUUUGAUACAGGACACAUAUAUAAGUUAUAUAAACAAGUUUGGACACGUUUAUACUAAAAGCAUAAAAAAGAAAGGUAUUCAAAAAUUGAACCAUAAAGAAACAACAUGAGAAUACAAGAACGGCCUGGGUCUGUGCACGUGCGACACACAUAUACAUAUCCAUACAAUGAAUGUCUCAAACAGAACCUUUUCUUGUUCUGUUUAUAUGUAUGAUUAUGGUUUGUACAUGGACAGUCGUCUGUGGGUUUGUCAAGUCGUAUCACAGUUUAGUAACCUAGGGACUUUUGUGGAGGCACCUGUAUCGACCUAAAAUAAGAACAGGUCUUGGCAUUCGCUAGGGAAAGCCGUCCGAAAAUUGAAUCAACCCCAAUCUAGUCGUGAAAAAUCAACAUGACAGAUCAACAAAGCCACGUUUUGCGCAUGCGCAACGCAUACAUCUACAUUGUCUUGUAGUAUAUGAGUGUCAAGACUUGUUUAUACGAUUGCGGACGAAACAAUUAACUUCUAUCGGUUCUACAAGUUCUAUAUGGAAUUAUAGGGAAAACAAUUAUUUGGUGUAUAACAAAUAAGCGAAACAAAUCGUAGUGACAAUAUUGUCACUAGUAGGCAGCCAAUAACUGCAGCCAAUAGUUGCAGCCAAUAGUUGCAGUCACAGCAAUCACGUUUUGUUUAUGUCUACUGCAUCGUCCCGUUGGGCAAACUAUAGUCGAUAUAGUCUAUUCCGUUUAACAUUGGUCAUAUGUGCUCGAUAAAUAAGUCUGUCAUAAGUGAUGAAAAACAUUCGGUUAAUUUGAGUCACAAAAAUCUUGUGUAAAUAACAAUCGUUCCAACGAAUUUCAGAGGGAAACGGAGUUUGUGACUAUGUAGUAUUUUUAUGAAAAGUAAAAUAGUACGUUUGUUAUUCAGCUUUUUUCUCUGAUGUUUAAUAUCGUAGUCCGAUAUCUUAUUGAGAAAAUUGUUUCGGAAAUUGAAGUGAACGAAAAAGGAACAACAGGUGUGAGUGAUAUGUCGAUACCCACACAAGCGUAACUUAUAUGCAUACAUAUUAUUUCCAAUUUCAAAAAUUGGUGAGGUUUACGAUGAACCCUAGAGUGCGUGAAAAUCUGACCGCUUAUACUACUAUAUUAAUUACAUAUUCACAUAUACAUACAUAUGUACAUACUUGUAUAUUUUCAAUUUCAACCCUAGAAUGAUAACGCUAUAGCAUUUUUUGAUUGUUUCUAAUAAAAUAAUUUUUUCAACAUUUCCAAGAGAUGUGUGUCUGCUCUUUCUUAAAUAUCUUAAUAAAAGAUAAGAAGUUUAUGACUUUAAAGAAAGAAAAGGAAUUAAAAUUUACAUUUCGUCAUUUAGAAAUGUACACUAAAACGGUCUUUGUUCGAUAUAUUCCACUUACAAUGGUUUUGUGAAUACUUUAAUCGUUAUACAUAUAUUGUUUUUGAUGAACAGAAAAUAUAAUUUAUAUCUUAUGUAACUUCAAGGAAAUCUUUUAUAAUUAAUAAUAAUUCCGAAAACAAAUUAAAAUUUAGAAUUUGCCACAAAACGUACAAACGAUAUUAAAUGCAUUUUCAAAUAUACUUGACAUUAACAGAUGCAUUAAUUAAUUGGUCUCGACCUGAACUCGAAAGACGCUCGAAAGGAUUAAGUAAUUAAGAGUCAUAUUGAUACAUCUACAGUACGUUCUACGAAAUGAAUUUCUUCUUAAACAAUGAUAUUUUGUAUGAUAUCAUGCAUUCAUAAAAUGCAUCAAGGAUAGUCGAUACAUAUGCAUGCGCAUUUUUGUUUUCUUUUAUCUAUAGCAUUUCUGAACCUCCCUUGAUACCGAUAUUGUUCUAUAUCCGCCUAUAAAGACACAACAUAACAUACAUGUACACACGCGCGCGUACAUAUGUAUGUGCGAUUUAUCGGUCGUCCAAAUCAGGUUGUAACGAAUUUAACGGAGAUAAAGAAAUAAUCAUAAAUAAUAUGGAAAAGUACCGUUUUGAAAGUUUUGAAGACGAAAUAUGUAGGUCACAGAAAGCUCUUGAGCGCAAGUCCGUCGCGAAGCAAACGCAACUUUUCGAUCGACAUUGUUCGUUUCGUAAAAUACGUCGGUGGUAGGUCGACGGACGCAACGUUUAGAACGGCGCACGUGUGUAAAUGUUAUCGAAGAUUUCUUUCGUCAAGUAAAUGCAUCAGGAUGUCUUUUUUCGCUUGGAAAGGGAGCAAUCGUUCUGAAAAUACCGAACAUGGUGGACGCAAUUUACAAGAUGGUCUUUUUCAAAUUGCAUCUCAAGCUUGUCACAUAUUAGUACAAGUGAACAACACGCACAACGUUUCGUACGGUGGAAACAAUAAUGUAAGGAAUAUCGCAUAUUCGAAAUGUUCCGGCAAUGACGAAGAUUCGAUACGUCAUACAGCUUCUUCCACGAGUAAAGCCACUACUUCCACGGUUAAGUCUUAUACGAAGUACAUGAAAGAACAAAGCAAGGAUCAGGAUGUAGUCGUUUUAUUGCCACAUCGUAAGAGCAGAACGCCUCUUCUUAAGCACAAAUUAUCCACAGUUUCUGAGAAUGCCAGAUUGGAAUUGAACCCAUCAAAGUAUGUCGGCAGUGGUGGUAGAAAUAGUGGUUCUGGCGGUGGAUCUGGUACCAGUGCAGCUAACGGUAAUACCACCGCUCCUGACGAUGAUUUCGAAUUGUGGGAUUAUUCCGGUUUUAUGUUGAGAAAUGAUACUGACGAUCCAAUUACGAAUGGGAAAUGGGGAGGUACACAAGGAUGGUGCAGACCAAGCUGCAUUCCAAUUACAGUCAUAUUAAUUUUGAUAGUGCUGGUUGUUUUAUUGCCGUUAUUAGAUCAUGCAGCGGAUAAAUACGCGUCGAAUGGCACGAAUUUCGAUUUCGAUACGAGUUGCAUGAAUAGCUGUAAUUUAUCUUUCGUGGAAACUCUGCCAAUCGGCAUGAAUUACACGAAUAACACCGUUUUUCUUGACAACACUUACGACUCUUGGAUAAAAUUGAUUUCAUUGGCGCGGGAAAAGAUAGAAAUAGCAUCGUUUUAUUGGACUAUGAGGAGGGAAGAUGUUUAUCCAGACGAUAGUGCUAAACAGGGUGAAGAAGUUUUCCAUUUGCUUCUCCAAGCGGGCAGAGAUCGGAAUAUUUUACUGAAGAUAACGCAAAAUAUACCGUCGCAAAUAAGACCGAACAUCGAUACGGAAGUGUUGACGAAAAAGGCAAACGCUAAGGUCAAAAGUUUAAAUUUUGCUGGAUUGCUCGGAGGAGGAGUACUUCAUUCGAAAUUAUGGCUCGUUGACAGAACGCAUUUAUAUAUUGGUUCUGCGAAUAUGGAUUGGCGGUCGCUCUCGCAGGUGAAGGAACUUGGUUUAAUGGCUUUAAAUUGCAGUUGUUUGGCGAACGAUUUUGCCAAGAUAUUCGACGUUUAUUGGAUAAUAGGCAACGAUGGUAAAAUACCUUCUGUUUGGCCGGAGUAUCUUAACACGAGAAUUAAUUUAAAGAAUCCGAUAAACUUUACAUUUAUGAACAAUAAGUAUAAAACAUUUGUUGCGAGUUCACCUCCGCCAUUUUCGCCAAAGGGUAGGACGAAUGACGUGGAUGCUAUUCUUUAUUGUAUCGAAAAAGCUGAGAAAUUUAUUUAUAUCUCAGUGAUGGAUUAUUUUCCACUGACUAUAUAUACAGCUAAAAUCAAAUAUUGGCCGAUAAUAGACGAUGCACUGAGAACGGCAGCUAUCGAACGUAAAGUACACAUACGACUAUUGAUAUCGUCGUGGAAGCAUAUGAAGAAAUCAGAGGUUUUCUUUUUGAAAUCGCUCAUGGAACUAACAGAUAGUUAUGCGGGUGUGAAAAUUGAAGUGAGAAAAUUUAUAGUUCCUACGAAUCCUGAUUUCGACAGAAUACCGUUUUCAAGGGUAAAUCACAAUAAAUAUAUGGUGACCGAUGUAACAGCGUAUAUAGGAACAAGCAACUGGUCUGGCGAUUAUUUUAUAAAUACAGCAGGUAUAGGUACGGUAUUCGAGACUAUCGGCGAUCAGACUUCGGAAAAUCUUAGGCAGCAAUUGGAAAAUAUUUUUCAUCGUGAUUGGUAUUCUGAAUAUUCUUAUGCUUUAAACGAAAGUAUACCAUUUGUGAAACGAUCGACAAAUACCAUCGAAGACUACUACCUACGAUCAUCACGUUACAUAUUAGCGUGACAAUAUCAACGAUUUGAUCAACGUUUCCAACGAAGACAAUGAAAAUCAUUUCUUGCUGCUUAAUACGAAGUCUUGGAGACGAAUUUCUUAAAUGUUUUGUCCCUUGUCAUUGACAAAAUUAAACUCAUUCCUUUUUCCUUAUCUUUUUUUUCUUUUUUCUUUACGAAGCACAUUCUUACGAUUAUCCAUACUCAGCAAAUAUCGACUUCGAGCUGACGUUUUGUUUGUUCCGUGUACAUUACAUACACAAACACAUUCCUCUUUCAUUCUCUUUUAUGUUGUUCCAUCUCUGCUGUUAUUUUUUUAAAGACAUACACGAGCGUACAUUUACACCCACGCGUACCAUCUCCUUCGGAUUCCAUCUCUCUCACUUGCUCGCUUACUUACUCAUACUUCUUUCCCUCCAUCCGAUGUGCGCAUUCACGCACAUACACACUCAUUAACCACAAAGUAAGUACAUACGUAUCUGAAAUUUUAAACCUAUAGGAAUAAUCUUACAUAAUGGACGUUUGUGUGCCUUGCUUUAAGUGACCUUGCGAAUGUCUUCUAUGAAAAAUCAUUUUAAUAUUAAAACCCAAGCAAUAUUCCGUCCAUAUAAUAAUAUAAUUCUGAAAAAGAUUAUAUACAUUUUAGUAAUUAAUAUUUAAAAUAUUCCGUUAUAAGAUUAUUUUUAAAUAAUAUAAAUAUUGCUAUAAGAAAAGGAGAGAAGAAAAAGGUGCUGCACGAACUCAUGACAUUUAUUAGAAUUCAAUAUAAAUACAACAUGCAUUGGUAACGUUACAUGAUCUGCAACUUUUUAUCGAUACAAAUCCUAGAAUUAAUAAUAAAUGUGCUAAUCACUGACGUAUCUAGCUGCAAACAAGUUACUUCUGAUGUUCAUGUGACGUUUAAACUAUAUGCAUUAUACAUACAUCCUUGCGUGGAAAGAUACGCGAUUUUAGUAAAUCAAUCUCAUAAGUGUUAGAAAAAGUGGCGUUUUUUCAUAAGUAUAUUCGAAUUAGCAUGAUAAAUGAUAUACUUGAAAAAAUGUUUACAUCAUUGUUAAUUUGUUUAUUUAUUGAGAAACAAAGUUCGCUUAAAACUUACGGUAACGCAAAGAUUCGUGCUUCUACUACAAUUCGCCGCAAGCAACAACGAAUUUUAUCUUUCCGCGGUUCGUUAUAAGCAAAUCGUUUUUAUAUAACUCACGUCUUUUCUAUACUUAUAUGUAUACAUUUUAAUUGUACUUCCGUUCUUAUAUAUUUUUGUACAGAAAUAGAAAUAGAUUAUAAAUAUGCAUACGUAUAUAUGCAGAUAAAGGUUGUAUAAUCAUAAAUUAUUAAUUAUUAAUUAUUAGCAUUAAAAACAGUACUUCUAA